AUGGUGGACAGGGAGCUGGGGCAGCUCCUGCAGCCCCUGGAGGGCCCGGCCGGGGUGUGCGGGGUGGUGUUGGGGUGCCAGGCGGCCGCCCUGGCCCGGCUCUCGGCUCGCAUCCAGGAGGAGCUUGUGGGGCUGGGGGAGUGGCAGCAGCUGCUGGAGGCAGAGCUGGCGGGGAAGAGCUGGGCAGCGCUCAGCAUCCUGGACUGGGAGCCGUGCUGUGAAAGCAGGGACGCCUGGUAUUUCCGGGUGGGCUUCACUUUUGAACAAACCCAGCUGGUGUUUGCAGCCAAGGUCCCUAAGCCGGGCUGCGCCAGCCUGGGGGUGCAGAGCUCCCUUGGGGCACACUGCAGCAUCCAGCGCCUGAUCGGCCGCUUCACCGACCGCCUCCCUUGGGAGCUGGUGCUCCCGGGAAUCCCUGGGGAGCAGAGUCAGUCCCGUUCUGGAGAGGAGCCAGCCCGUCUUGCCACCCGCCCUAUCCUGCAGGUCCUUAUUUCUCCUGAGGUUCCCUACCAGACCCUGGCGGGCUUUGUGAAGGGAUCCCGUGGUUUGCACAGGACCAGCCCCGGGCACUACGAACGCCUGGCUUGCCUCCUCCUCCUGCAGGUGUGCAUGGGGCUGGAGCACCUCCGGGUGCAGAACGUGGGGCAGGGGGACCUCUGCCCUGAGAACCUGCUGCUGGUGCAGUGCCCGUGUCCUCCUCGGAGCCAGCAAGGCAAGGAGGCAUCCCUGUCCCUUCCAAGGCUGCUCAUCAGCAGCUUCUUCAAGGUUAAAGACAAGCGAAGACCUUGUUCUACCAGCCAAGAGCAGGACUGGACAGAGGGGCUUACUGCACCACCCUCCCCGGUAGCAGAUGAGCUGAAUGUAGGCAUGCUGAUCUAUCAGAUCUUGCAUGUGGAUAUCUCUCUGGAAAACACCUUGGGGUUCAGAAGCAACAGACUUCCUGAAAUCCCCUCCCUGUCCAUCUACUCCACGGGACUCAAGCGUCUGGCCAUGCUGCUUCUCCACAGAGAUCCCUGCAAGAGGGUCUCUGUUGAGCAGGCAAGGAGCAUCCUGCAGGUCCUUCUCUGGGGGCCUCGCCAGGAGCUCUUUGCCAGGAGCAAGAAGACCCUCACCCUGCUCCGGAGCUGGGUGGAGGUGAAGAGGGCUCUGCUGCUCCUGAAGUUUGCGGAGAAUUCGGCUGGGGCAGGGGCGAGCCCCAGCCUUGAGGAGUGGCUGUGCUGCCAGUACUUCAAGGAGGUCACCGAACACACGCUCUACCAAGUCACCCAGGCUCUCUACACUCCCUAA